CCUCGGAAUACCUUUAAAUAAAACCAUGAUCCUUUCAAACCUUUUAUCAGAACAAACUUCUUCCAUGGCCUCGACCUCAUUCCGGUUCCGGUGGUAUUCCACGAAUAAGAUGGCCUCUUCUUCAUUUUGGCUCUCAUUGGCUCUCUCAAUUACACUAGCCCAUGGCCAAGUUUGCACCACAGGAACAGGAUCACUUUGCGUAGGUGUUUGCUAUGGGAUGAUGGGGGAUAACCUACCUUCUGCUGCUGAUGUGAUUGCUCUUUACAAAAACGUUGGUAUCAGCUCAAUGAGGCUCUUCGAACCAAAUCCAGACGCACUCCAAGCCCUACGAGGGAGCCAAAUCGACAUCUCGUUAGGCGUUCGAAACGAGGAUUUACCGAGUAUAGCCACAAGCCAAGAAUUUGCCAAUUCAUGGUUUUCAUCUAAUGUGGCACCUUACUUGAACGACAUGACAAUUGAAUAUAUCACCGUCGGAAACGAAGUUGUUCCAGGGGAGUAUGCUAGUUAUGUUGCACCGGCAAUGCAAAACCUUCAAAACAUUCUGGAUACUCAAGGCCUAGCCGGUGUUUCGGUGACGACUGUCCUGUCCACAGCAGCCCUAAGCACCUCGUAUCCGCCUUCGGCUGGCUCAUUCUCAACGGAUAUUGUCGAAAUUCUGAAGUUCUUGUCAGCACAGGCAUCACCACUUAUGGUCAAUGUGUAUCCCUACUUUGCCUAUGCUGCAGAUCCUGCAAACGUACCCUUAGAUUAUGCACUAUUUACUGCAACCAGCCCAGUGGUUCAAGACGGGAACUUGAGUUACCAGAACCUGUUCGAUGCUAUCAUAGACGCGUUUUACUGGGCGAUGGAGAGAGAGGGUGUGACGGAUGUUAGCUUGGUUGUGUCGGAGACUGGUUGGCCAUCUGAUGGUAAUGGGGAUUUCACCACCCCUGAGCUAGCCGCCACCUAUAACAGGAACUUCGCGGAACAUAUUUCCAAGAAUGGGACACCAAAAAGGCCUCAGGCUUACAUAGAAGGAUACAUAUUCGCUAUGUUCAACGAAAAUCUCAAACCUCCAGGCGUGGAGCAACAUUUCGGACUCUUCCAACCAUCGAAGCAACCUGUUUAUAGCCUGUUCCCUAUCCAUUGAUCAACCUGUUUAUAGGGUUCCCUAUCCAUUCAUCAUUAUGAAAUACAUGUCAUGUAGUUGGUAUUGAAUUCACAUUCAAACUCAUUCAAGAACAAAAAUUAUAAACUCAAUGCAAUGCUUUAUUUUCUAGAAGAUUGUCUAGAUUAGUACAAGCAACGAGAAAAUUCGAAAGCAGGAAUUAACUACUAGAUAAGUAAAAUUUCUUCUCAAGCAAUACAUUCAAUAUUCUUGAAGAUACUGGUAUCAUCAAAUUAGAGGCGGCUCUGGCUUCCUUUGUUUAGAAAAGGGUAGUCUGUGUACCCAACAACAGGAUCGUGAGUAUAGAAUGUAGCCCUCACAUACCGGUUGAGGGGAGCAUUGAGUUUGAACCGCAAGACCAAAUCCGGAUUCGCGAGAAAAAGCCGCCCA